CGUCCAGAUUAAUCGGUCACUGUAAUUUAAACCGUCAAGAUCGAAACAUCAUUUUGGAAAAUUUCUUAAAAAAUAUAACUAAAAAUGCUAUUCAAAAAGAGAUUUCUAACUUUUGCAUUGCUAUUUAUAUAUUCUAUUAUUUUAACAGUAAAUUGCGAUGAUGAUCAACCAAGUGUAGUUAUUGUUGGUGCUGGAGUAUCCGGAAUUGCUGCAGCAUCCAAACUUAUGCAAAAUGGCUUUAAAAAUGUCAAAAUUCUAGAGGCACAAGACAGAAUUGGAGGCCGAAUAUUCACCACAGAUUUCGGUGAUAAACAAGUUGAACUGGGCGCCCAAUGGGUUCAUGGUGUAGAAGGAAAUGUUGCUUUCGAGUUGGCAUCGCCACAUGGAGUUUUAGACAAAGGAGGAGAAGAUAGAGUAGUGAAUAUGCAUGAGAAAAUAAUGGAUUCUGAAGGCAAUGUUGUGCAACAAAAUGUCAUUACAGAUGUUAAUGAAUUUGUUGCAAAAAUGGAGCUAAGUUUGGGAGAGCAUGCUGCAGAAAAUAUAACUUCUCCUUUAGGCGAUUACUUUAAGAAUGAAAUUAAUCAAUUUCUUGAAGUACAACCACAAUGGAAGGAAAAUAAAAAAGGAUUUACACAUCUUAAUAACAUGGUAAUGAUGGCUUUAUAUUCUGCGAAUUCAUUGGAUGAUGUUUCAACAGUAUCUAUCAGAGAUUUUCACAAUUGUCCUGGUGAAUUUUUCGUUAAUUGGAAAACGAAUGGAUACAAAACUAUUCUCGAUAUAUUAAUGAAACGUUUUCCGAAACCAGAAGAAGAAUUGCCAGUGAUGGCAAAUACAGUAUUAAAUGCUGAAGUAGAAUCAAUUGAUUACUCAGAUCCAAAUGGAAAAGUUACAGUAAAAACUACAAAUGGAGACACACAUACUGCAGAUCAUGUAAUUGUCACAUGUUCCGUGGGUGUGUUAAAAGACAAACAUAAGUCAAUGUUCAAGCCCGCUUUGCCAGAAGAUAAACAAAAAGCAAUCGAGGGAACCGGUUUCGGAAAUGUAGCAAAAGUUUACCUUUCUUAUGAUGCACCCUGGUGGAAAGAAGAUAUGAAUGAUGGUUACGGUUUUCUUUGGUUGGACAAAGAUUUAGAAGAACUCGAAAAGGAUGAUGACAAGAAGUGGAUUAAGGGAUUAGCAGGAAUUUUUGCAGUAGAGCAUAAACCAAAUUUACUCGAAGGCUGGGUAUCCGGAGAAAAGAACACUGAAGACAUGGAAAAACUAUCGGAUGAUCAAGUCAAAAGUCAGGUUGUUGAAAUUAUAAAAAGAUUUUUCGGAAAGACCAACACCGUCACUGAUCCCACUGGAAUGAAGAGAACUAAAUGGCGCACCAAUAAGCAUGUCAUGGGAGCUUACAGCUACAGAAGCUCAAAAAGUGACCAAGAUGUUGUUAAUCCAACAAAAUUAGCAGAACCCGUUGGAGGAGAAAAACCAGUCAUUUUAUUCGCCGGCGAAGCAACGAGUCCCCAUCACUAUGCUUCAGUUCAUGGUGCAAUUGAAACCGGUUGGAGGGAAGCUGACAGAAUUAUGGAAGAACAUCCGGAUGUUAAAAGUUAGCUUUUUAACAAUCUUGAUGUUUAUCUUUUAGAAAAAAUUAUAAUUUCAAAUAAAUCAAAUUAAAAAUUGUUGUAUUACA